GGGGACGGACGCCACUCGCAGGAGCCGAGGAGGGCCAGCCGAGCUCGAAGUUCCCGGCCAGAAAGAGUCCUUUGCCUGGACAGCCCCGGCCUGGAGUCUGAGGUCGCAGCCGUGCGCCCGCAGCUGCGGUGGUCGCGGAGGAGCAGCUGUAUCACUGAGCAGCGUGUGGGAGCUGCAGCUUGACGGCGGUAGCUGGAGGAGCAGCCGACAGCGGACACAGCUGCCCCGUGCGUCGGGGUCCAGGAUCGUGCUUCCCCUGCCUGAACCACAGCGGGAUGGCCCGCUGACCUCGGCCAUGCAGGCUUGAGCGGACGCCCAGGGCGCGCAGGGGACAACCGCGGGCUCAGGCUGCAGCACUCCGCCGCUGACUUCCCAGCCCAGCGGACUGAGAAGCCGCUUACCAUGGAGCCCGUGACCAAGUGGAGCCCCAAACAAGUGGUGGACUGGACUAGAGGGUUAGAUGACUGCCUGCAGCCAUACGUCCACAAGUUUGAGCGGGAGAAGAUAGAUGGUGAGCAGCUGCUGAAGAUCUCCCACCAGGAUCUCGAGGAACUGGGGGUCACACGGAUUGGACACCAGGAGCUGGUGUUGGAGGCUGUCGACCUUCUCUGUGCACUGAAUUAUGGCCUUGAAACGGAUAAUAUGAAGAACUUGGCUCUGAAACUUCGAGCGUCUUCCCACAAUUUACAGAAUUACAUAAGUAGCCGGCGGAAGAGUUCAGCUUACGAUGGGAACACGUCCCGCAAGCCCCCCAAUGAGUUUCUGACUUCCGUGGUGGAGCUCAUUGGCGCUGCUAAGGCCUUGCUGGCAUGGCUGGACCGGGCUCCAUUCACUGGGAUCACAGAUUUCUCAGUGACAAAGAACAAAAUCAUCCAACUGUGCCUGGACCUGACCACGACAGUCCAGAAGGAUUGCCUUGUAGCAGAAAUGGAGGAUAAAGUUUUAAAUGUGGUCAAGGUUUUGAAUGGCAUCUGUGACAAAACAAUGCGCUCAACUUCGGAUCCUGUUAUGAGCCAGUGUGCAUGCCUGGAGGAAGUUCACUUACCGAAUGUUAGACCUGGGGAAGGCCUGGGCAUGUACAUCAAGUCAACCUAUGAUGGAUUGCAUGUGAUUACUGGAACCACGGAAAAUUCUCCUGCAGACAGGUCUCAGAAGAUUCACGCUGGUGAUGAAGUCAUUCAAGUUAAUCGGCAGACUGUGGUUGGGUGGCAGUUGAAAAAUCUGGUGAGAAAGUUGAGAGAGAAUCCUACGGGUGUGGUGCUGCUACUGAAGAAGAGGCCCACGGGCUCUUUCAACUUUACUCCGGCCCCCCUGAAGAACCUGCGGUGGAAGCCACCUCUCGUGCAGACCUCACCCCCACCCACCACGACCCAGUCCCCAGAAAGCACCAUGGAUGCCUCCCUGAAGAAGGAGAAACCAGCCAUCCUGGACCUCUACAUUCCUCCCCCACCCGCUGUUCCCUACUCUCCCCGGGACGAGAAUAGGAGCUUUGCCUAUGGAGGAUCCAGUAAGGGUAAACAGCAGCUGUCCGGGCGUAAGGGUUCAGAGUCUCCUAACUCCUUCCUGGACCAGGAGAGCCAAAGACGUAGAUUUACCAUCGCUGAUUCCGAUCAGUUGCCAGCUUAUUCGGUGGGAACCAAUGUUCUACCCACAAAGAUGAGAAAGAAGACACCAUCCUAUGGCAAACCCCGGCCUCUGUCCAUGCCUGCAGAUGGGAACUGGAUGGGGAUUGUGGACCCAUUUGCCAGACCUCGAGGCCCUGGGAGGAAAGGGGACGAUGCCCUAUGCCGGUACUUCAGUAAUGAGCGGAUUACACCCAUCAUUGAAGAAAGUGCAUCUCCUGUGUACCGAUUCUCCAGACCCACAACUGAGCGGCACCUGGUUCGAGGCGCGGACUACAUCCGAGGGAGCAGGUGUUAUCUCAACUCUGAUUUACACAGCAGCGCCACCAUUCCCUUCCAGGAGGAAGGGCCCAAGAAGAAGUCAGCCACUUCUUCUGCCAAGGCAUCUUCUGGGGAGCCUUCACUGCUGGUUAGCUGGCUGACGCGCCUCAAGCUAUUGACUCACUGAGGCUGCUCUGCUAGCCUCCUGCCUGUCUCCUGCUAGCAAGUGCCUUCUUCCUCAGUGGAUAGCUUCUUCAGACUCCAUCUGCAGUGCUCCAUGGCGACCUUACUUCAUUCCAUUUUAUUUUAUUUUAUUUUUAAAGGUUGUAUACUGCUGUUCCUGGAAUUCUGAAGUCAUUGGAGGGCAUCUAAUCUAGAGGAUCUUAGGUGCUGUUUGUGGAGGCAGAAGGAAGGACAGACACAUGGCAUGGCCUGCUUGGUUUUGCCUCCCCAAUGUGGGAACAUGGAGACAUACUUUGUAAAUUGUGUGUUGGCCAGACAACUUGAUGUCAGGAAUUGGCAACUUUGUACACUUUUGUUUUCUUGGGCAGCAGGGACUAAGGUUGAUGGCUUUUGUCACAUAUAUGUGUUGGUUUGUGGUCCAACUUCUGUAUCUGAAAAAGCCGAAGGAGAAAACUUUUGAUUUUUAAAGCUAUAGAACAUAUUUAUAAGUGUGGCUGUGUCACUGUACUAUUGCAGAGUGGUGUGGUAAGUGUGUGAGGCUCUUUGGAGCAGGGUUUUACCUGUAGGUCAGUUGUUACACAUCCUUAGCAGACCCCCCCUUUCUAUAACCGCCUCCAUUUAGGUUAGCCAAUACAGACUCUAGAGCACACUUGGGUGGGGUGUGGCAUACACAAAGAAGUGUGUUUUGAGGGUGUUGCAUUUGUUAUAUGUGUUGUUCCGUGAGGGAGAGAAGCUAUGAGAUUUACUGAGAGCCAAAGCAUCCCUCAGGAAAAUGAAGCAACAAGAUUUAGGGUUAUGGGACAUUGGUCAGUUUAUGUUAUUGACCUGUUUUUGAUGUCUCUCUUUUGGAAAAAAAAAAAGCCUACAGUCUUUCCCAGUUGUACACAUUUUGCUAACUAGAAAUAUCUUGGAAAGCCUCAUGGUCACUGAUUUUCAACUAGCAUCAGGUAUUUUGAAAAUGUGUGUCUGCAUAUUAACUCUUGUUUAAACCGAAUGUACAAUAUUUUGCUAGAAUGAAAAGAAGUCCUAUCUUGUUAAUUUAAGUGUUUUAAAUAGAGUUGUAUAUUUUUCUUACUCUUAGUCACAUGUAAUUGAAAUAUUUCUGUUUUGCGUCAUACGUGAAACCCAAGGAAAAGGACAUUCAAAGUGUUUUCAGAUUUACAAGUGACCACUCUGGUCAUUGCCAGCACGGGCACUAAUAUUAAAAACUGAAAUAAAUACUCCCAAGCAUUUUGGGGAUUUUA